AUGUCGAACGUCCCUCCUCCCAGUGGCCUCAGUUAUCAAGUGCGGAAAAAGGUGCGUCUUAAAAAAUUAGUUUUCGUAUAACUUCCUGCUUGCUUGAGACACAGAAGUGUGCAUUUCGCAUUCACAUAUCCACACGCAUGUAAGAGGCUAAUUAGGCGCCAUAGUCGUACUAACACCUAAGCAACAUUACUGAUUUUUGAACAUCUUCAGAUGUAUAUGACAGGACUGUUCAAAAUGGGGCAAUGUUAUGAUCAGCAAAUCCAAAGAAAAAUCGCAAACUGCAAAGGCACAGUCGGAACAGAACUAUUUUCAUCUGAAGUGAUAUUUUGCUGCAAUAGUAAAUGCAAUCCUUAGAAAAAAGGGUAAAACUUUAACUUGACUAACGGUGCUUUUCCAAAUUAGGACAAUUUUAGCGAAACGUGGCAUUUGUAAUUGUCAUCUUUCAAAAAUGCAAAAUAAUUCGCGACAUCCUGCUUUGCCUUUAAGCCUCAUUUCCUGAAGGGCAUUAUCACACUGUCAACUUCAGAAUCAUAAAUCUGUGUCAGGUUGUCAAACGAUAAAUGACAAUUCAAAGUUUGAUUCACGGGUUCAGUGUGGGUUUUUUAACGCUGUCAUUGCCUGACUACUACACCGACUUUCCAAAUCUUUUUGUCAGAACUUAGCGUUGCGGCAUUUAAGUACUUAUAUUAGAAAACAAAUAAUGAAAAUGAUGGCUUAUAGCAAAGUAUAUCAUAGUAUCCAGCGCCUGCGGUAAAUCACUGCACGAGAAAACAGGAACGUUGUUGGGGAGUCGAUACUCUUUAAACUAAAACAGGAAGUUUCUUUUUUGCUCGUUUUAUAUAUUCACAUAGCCUAGCAAUGGAUAUUACCGAGUUAUGGAUACGUCAUGUGUUGCAAUGAGCUAUUCACCAAUUCUUGACUGUCGUAGGAGCCCCAUUUUUAAGAGAUUGGAUGUUCAGAUGUUUAUCCUAGCAAAUUAUUGGUGGGUCGUAAAACGAGCGUCCGUUAAUUCUGCAAAAGACCGGAAGAUAUUGAGUCCUCGGAAAGACACGGUAAUAUUGACCCCCAGUUAUAGAGGUAGUCUUACCCUACCCUUAACCUUGACUCUUAUUCCUGGGAUUCAACGCCGUCACCAGUAUUAAGGGUAAGUUCAUAUCCUCGCGUCCUACUUCAAUUUUAGAUCAUUUACACGCUCAGAUGAAAUCAGGAACUGAGACGGCAUUUAUAGUCGCCGAAGUAGAUUGGCACGACGGGUGACAAAUAUGGGCAAAUAAUCUUUCCCAUUCAACGUAACUUAAAGGCUACAUUGCCUGUUGGAAAUUUUUCAAGAGCGACCUCCCACCAACGCAUAUUUAAAUUGGAAAGGUUUUUUUAAAUGAGGAAACGUUGGCGAUUUGACAGACAACUAUACCCUGUCGCAUACAAAGCAUAACAGUGGUUUCUUUCUAUUCUAUAGAAUAAGAAUCCGUUUGUUGAAAUGAAAGGCAUUAUUUCAGCUUUAACUUUGACUUCAAUGUUUUUUAUGCGGUUGCGGGUAGCUUGAGGGGAAACGUGACAAACAACAGGAGGAGGAUGUUCUGAACUGGAUCGAACAGCUCCUCGAGACAAAAUUGGACCGCUCCAAACCGUAUGAGGACAUCCUCAAAGAUGGUGUUUUGUUGUGCAAGUAAGUCCUACGAUUACCAGCAAAGCACGCCUUCUGCCUGCUUACGCUCAGAAUUUGUUAAACUGAGCGCGUAACCCCGAGUCUUGGCCCUUCAUUUAACCCCUCAAUCUGCUUCUUUCGACCUUACGUCUGAAACUACAUUAGUUCUGGUCAUUCAUAUGUAAUAGAUCACAAUGACGUGCACCCUAGUCAGAUAUUUUCCCCAGCACCAUUAAAAACCGUCGGAAAAUCGGUGUGCUCCCAUACAAACAUGCUAGAAUGCCUAGCUUGUAAAUUGUAUGCCUGCACAUGGUAGGGUUGUUUUAAUACCUGGUUUAACGGCCUCGAGGGCGUCGCGAGUGCAAAAUCUGAAAACUAAAGAUCCUAGGUACCCACUCGUAAGGUAUCCCGCGGUCUCUCAUCAUAUGACGCAAUUUUGCAUUAUGUGAUUCUUCUGUGACUUUCAAAAAUUCGUUUUGACACCACUCGUCUCCGCGACGUCAUGGCUAUCUGCUAAGCUGUUGCAUAACAGAAGAUCGAGAUAAUGACUCCCCACCCGUCCAGGUUAACCUCUGUUUAUAACCUGUGCUAAGGAAUUCGCUGAGUUCUGAGAGACGAACUGAAUAAUCUUCGGCAGCAAAUGCGCAGUUCGACACAGGGAAUCACAAGCACGUGAUAAGCUUUCGAUGCGUUUGUUAUUGUUUGCCGAAUUCUCCAACAUAUCCACUUUUUUCCUUAGGUUGAUCAACAAGAUUAAGCCAGGAAGCGUCAAGAAGGUAAACGAGGGCGCAACCAUGCCAUUCAAGAUCAUGGAAAAUAUUAACGCCUUCUUGGAUGCAAUCAAGAGCUACGGGGUUCCUACAGCCGACCUCUUCCAGACGGUGGAUCUCUUUGAAAAGAAAGAUAUUGGUCAGGUUACGCAAACCAUUUUCGCUCUUGGCCGGACGGUAAGUUGUGAUUAAGUCACAAGGAUUUGCAAUGUUUUGUUCAAAAACCUCAACUGAAGGUAGUAUCCAUGUUUGCCAUCCUAUGGAAAUAGCGACCCAAUAUCUACUGUCCGUAAUCAUUUAUACGUUCGUUGUAGACUGUUAACUCCAAAGUAGAUAGAAACAUGCAUUGCACAAAAUGCAAACGCGGGAUCGCUCACGGGGACGAAGUAGGCGGGGUUUACAGAACUUUAGAAUUACCAGAUCAUCAGAUGCCACUCAGAACAAAAGACUCCCUCUUCCCACAACUGUAGUUACAAGUGGAAUAUUUUAUGUGCGAUCCCCAACUAUCCCGUCUUAGUUUACGGAUAACAUGCGUUUACAUUAGACUUCUGUCCGUUAGCAGACGCCGUUCACAGAAUACAAAUCGGAGGAGGGUUGAAUUAAUGGUUGACUUUGUAGUUUCAGAAUUGGAUUAGUUGUCGGAAAUACAGCCAGUGAGAGAUCAGGAAGAUAAUUUAAACCACAUAUUGUGCUUUGCAACUGGUGACCGUUGCAUGUUCACCAUGUCCAUGCAAGUCUAUAGAAAGGGCAUCUAUGUCGAGCGGGAUUUAAUGUAGUAAAGCUCAGUUUCACCUUCAAAAUUGGAAUUCAUGGGGGAUUGGACAGCGAAUAAAAUCAAAGCGGGAGCGGUUCCUAGUGAGCAUUAGUCUCGGUACGCUAUGGUGUAGGCCGGACACGUGCAGGGGCCAGCGAUUUAAUUCAGCCAAUCAACGAGCAGUGGCGGGAUUCGGGUACGCAAAUUACCACUUUCAAUCUGCUGAAAGACGAACACGCACAGCUGCCAACACACGAAGCCUUCAAGGCGGUGGGAUCUAGCAGAGGCGAUGAGUGUAAGAAGGUGCACCAGCAUCGAAGUAUGUUCGAGUUCUUUAUCAUAAACGAAUAGUAAUUAAAUCGCAACGAGUAUUUCAGCAAGACGUGGGGGAAUUUUGCGUUCUACAAUAGAAGUACGUCCUCGAUGCCGCAAAAUUAUGGAAGGAAAGAUGAGAGAGGCAUGAUUAGGCAGCUAUCCAACUUUCCCAGAAAGCCAACGACCACGUACGACUGGUUUCAGAGGACCCGAAGUGUUUGAGUGCGCAUUGUCUGCGGGUUGCUUUGGGCAAUCAUAGACAGAUGUGAACCAAAUUUUUCGGUGGUUAAGUAGCGGCAGGAAAGUUAAUGAAUGAGCUAGACACAGGAAUGCAAGUACAGUACCGGUGGGCAAAUAGGCCCUGUGACUGACAGUGAGGUACUCUGCAAGCCCCUACAACGAUACUAUCUAGGCAGCAGUAUUCAGACCAACCUACCUCCAGACGUUGCUUACCAAACAGAGGAGGGUGUUAAAACUCUGAACAAGGACCAUUCUUACGACAAUUGCUUGGUCUUUUUCAGUGCCAAACACAUUCGGAAUACACAGGACCCACUCUUGGACCGAAACUUGCGCAAGAAAACAAACGCGAAUUCACGGAAGAACAGCUACGCGAGGGCGCCAACGUUGUCAGCCUGCAGUACGGUACCAACAAGGGCGCCAGUCAGGCAGGCAUGAACAUGGGCAAGCAGAGGAUGAUCAUUGACUGA